CCAGCCGGCCAUGCCAACAGUACUCUGUGUCAUCAUUCUCCUCCUCAGAAGUCUCAGUCUUUGCUUUGAAUCAAUCGACUCAGCUCGUGCGCUUGUUGACGAUGAUGUCUUCCCCUCAGUCAUGUCCAAGAAAAUCAAAUCAAAAGCCAUCGCAGUCGCAAGCCCGAAACCAGUUCGAUUCCGACAAGGAAAACAAUAAUUUUGUGGCUUUGAUGUUGCUCUUCUCUGCCCUUCAAGUCGUUAUUUCACCUCCAAAAUACUGUGUCGAAGCUUGACGCACCCAGACAUUUAUGUGAAUUCUUGAUUUCUUCUUCCACGUUUGAUCAGGUGCCAAAAAUGGAUUUGAAGAGUGGUAAUGGAGCGGCAGGAGGCAUUGAAACUUCCAAGAUCGCUCAAACCGUGGAAGUAGAGGCGAAGGACGUGGGAAGUGUUAGCGCCAGCAGCAAAGAUGCGUUUCUGAGAGCGGAUAAGAUUGAUUUCAAGAGUUGGGAUUUACAAUUAGACAAGCAUUUGAGUAGGGUUUGGUCCAGGGAUGGGUAUGCUGGAGCUCACUCCAAGAAGACGGAAGAGUGGGAAAUUGAUCUAGGCAAGUUAGACAUAAGGAAUGUUAUAGCUCAUGGGACUUAUGGCACAGUCUACCGAGGUGUUUAUGAUGGCCAAGACGUUGCAGUGAAAUUGUUGGAUUGGGGGGAGGAUGAUAUUACUACAGCUGCUGAAACUGCUGCUCUUCGUGCAUCAUUUUGGCAAGAGGUUGCUGUUUGGCAUAAGCUUGACCAUCCAAAUGUCACAAAGUUUGUUGGAGCUUCUAUGGGAACAUCAAAUCUGAAGAUUCCUUCCAACAGCAUUUCGAGUGAUGCUCACAAUUCUGUUCCUCCAAGAGCUUGUUGUUGUGUUAUUGUUGAGUACCUCCCAGGCGGAACUCUAAAAAAGUACUUAAUCAGGAAUUCAAGAAAGAAACUCGCCUUUAAGGUUGUGAUUCAACUUGCUUUGGACCUUUCUAGAGGUUUGAGCUAUCUUCAUUCUAAGAAGGUUGUACAUCGUGAUGUUAAAACAGAAAAUAUGUUGCUAGAUUCUCAUAGAACCCUGAAAAUUGCUGAUUUCGGUGUUGCUCGAGUUGAGGCUCAAAAUCCAAGGGACAUGACUGGGGAAACUGGUACCCUUGGAUACAUGGCCCCAGAGGUCCUUGAUGGUAAGCCUUACAAUAGGAAAUGCGAUGUCUACAGUUUUAGCAUAUGCUUAUGGGAAAUAUAUUGCUGUGACAUGCCUUAUCCUGAUCUUAGUUUUGCUGAAGUGUCUUCGGCUGUUGUUCGACAGAACCUACGCCCAGAAAUCCCUAGAUGUUGCCCGAAUUCAUUGGGAAGCAUCAUGAGGAAAUGCUGGGAUGCAGACCCUGAGAAGCGCCCAGAGAUGGAUGAGGUAGUGAGGUUGUUGGAAGCAGUAGACACAAGCAAAGGAGGUGGAAUGAUACCCGAAGGCCAGUCACAUGGCUGCUUCUGUUUUGGGACACCGCGCGGUCCAUGACAGUUUCUUUCUCCGCCUUCUCCCCCAUUGUGUAAUCAAUUCAAUUUUCGACCUCCUCCUCCUCCUCCUUCAUAUGCCUUGACAAUCAAAUGGAUGUCUUGAAGCUGCAGCAGUCAUCGUUAGACUGCAGCCAGAUGUUUUGACAUGGAUCAUGGAUGCUGAAGAUUUUUCAAUGUAGGGAAGGAAUGCCAUCUCAGAAUAAUCAAGUUUUCCUGUUCCUUUCACCAUUCCCUAAGCUUGCUUUAUAGCAUUUUUCAUUGACUGCCUGAAGUUCCAGGUUAAAUGAGGGGAAUUGCAGUUGCAGUCAGCCAUUUCCCCCCAUUUUCUUUUCCUGUGCAAUGUACUUUUUCUUGCAGUAUUUUCCUUACUCUUUAUAUUUUCACAA